AAUUACAGAAAACAGGAAAAUAGACAAAAAUACAUAAUAAAUAAUACAUUUUCUUCUGUACGGAUAAGAUUGGAAGAACAAUCGCGCGCGUUUAAGUGUCACGAACGCAAUUCAUAUUUUGUCCAUACUUAUUGCUGGAAUCGUACACUAUAUACGAAAAAUGGUGAACGACCUUAACGGUCAGACAAUGUUUAAACAUGAAAUGGACAUGGCUGUAUAUAAAUGGAUAUAUAUAAAUGGACUUUCAUUAGUUUUUGGACAAACGAUGAGCGAACCAAUAAGAAUAUUUUACAAAAUUGUCCAUCUCGUAUCAAUUACUUUACGCUAAAUCUAACCGUCAGUGGUAAAAUUAUUGAUAAAAUUUGAAUGAUACUAAAACGACUAUAGCAUUAAUACCACAUAAAAUUGAAAAGAGUUUCAAGAUCACUUAUUUUUAUGUAUAAUACAGUGUAAAGUAAAAUCUAUGAUCUAUAACAAAACGUUCAUAAUAUUAAAAAAAAGACAGGAACGAUUAUAACUUUAUGACAAUGGAUAAAAGAAAGUUACGAUUAAAACCAACUUUACAUAAAAAUUUGAAUCAUACUUCGAGUCAAGGAUCAAUAAGUAAUUUAACUAAUGAAGAUAAUCUAACAAAUAAAGAAUUAACAUCACGAAAACGUAAACUACCUGUUUUAGAUAUAGUAAAAAGCAGAAGCAGGAAUGAUUCUAAUAUUUAUUUAUCGCAAAAUGAAAUAACAAAAAAAAUGAGAAGUGAAGUAAAUCUUACACAAGAAAAAACUAAACUUUCUCAAUAUGAAAACCAUUCAAAAAUAAUUGGUGUAUCAUCACAGAAAAUAACAUCAAACAUUUGCAAAACUCCUCUCAAAGCAAAAAAGACAUCUAAUGUUUCAGAAAAAGAUAAUGACAAUAUUGCUGAGGCAGAAAAAAGUAGAAAUACGCAAAAAAACAUAAGUAAUAUACAAACUACUCAAAAAACAAAAAUAUUUGUUGAUUUUCUAAAAAAAUGUGGUAUUACAUUGGUUUCUGAUGGAACAUAUAUAUUUAAUCAAGAAGUUACAAUAAUAAAACAAAAAAUGAAAGAAAAGAUACAAAGUAAAGAAUAUAAAAAACAAGAAAUUAUAAAUUCAUUGGAAGGAUACGUUGAUAAUCAAGAAAAUUUACAAAGUAUUUUGUGUGAUUUUGAAGUUUCUUCUGAUUUUAAAAGCUUUGAUCAUAUAAGUAACACAUGUAUUGUAAGAAUUUUAUUACAAGUAUCAGAACUACAACCAGAUAUAUAUGUGUACUUUCUAAAUAAGUUGAAUGAAUCUGUUCUUUUAGCUGAAUCUAUAGAAAAAAUACCUUGGGCUCGAACAUUAUUGCAGAAAUUUCGUUUUUUAGAAAUUAUUAUUGAACCAGAUGAAUUAACAAAAUGUUUGGAACAACUUCUUGAGACAUGUCCCCUAUGGUUUCAACGUGAAUUAAUUCUAUGUAUACCUGAUAUAAUAACAGAAGUACAACAUCAACCUAUUGCUGAAAUUCUUAAUAAAUUAAUGGAUGAUAAUAAUGAAUUAAUAGAUGCAGUACUAGACUGUAUUAAUAAUUUGACACUUGGAAGAGAAUAUUUGAAUGAUUAUAAACAGAAAGUACUAGAAAUGUUAAAUAAACAUUUAAAAACAAACGUUAUACCUGCCAUUACUAAAUUUAUUCUCAGUGAUUGCACAACAAUGGAGGCAUACAAGAAGAUAUUAUGUGUAUUACGUAAUCUUGAUAUGCAGCCUCUUCAUGGUGAACAACAUGAAGAUUGUUAUAAAAAUCAAAUGAUUAUGAUCCAAAAUAUAAAAAUGAGUAUUCUACUCUCUAAGAAUAUGGUAUGUGCAUCAUUGAUGAUCAUAAAAAAAGUUAUCAAGGAUCCAAAACCAAUGGAUAUCAUAUUACUACUUCUUAUAUCAUCUACUGGAUCAUCUAGAAGAAAAAGUGUUGAUGCUAUUCUAAAACAACAUGUGCGAUCUGGAUUUUACAGAUUAAGUUUACUUCAACUUUUAUAUAAUAAUUAUAAGGAGGUUGUACGACAUUUACAAUCAUCUGUAAUACAAUUAGCAAGCAAUUUGUUGAAAGUGGAAGAAAGAAUUUAUGUGGAUUUUGCAAUUGAAUGGUUUCGAUUACAAUUUCUUAGUCAAAAAGAUACUGUUCAUAAGCAACGUGAAAUUAUAGAAAAAAUCAUUUUACUUAUGGGUAAUAAUGAUCAGACAGCAAAGAAUGCCCUUAAAGUAUUGUGUAAAAUGGCCAUGGGAACAGAAGAAAAGGAGUAUCUAUAUGCACACUGCAAUCAUUUAAGAAUUCUAUUAGAAAAAAUAGAUCAUUUUGAUAUCGAAGAAGUUGGCACAUUAAAUGACUUAUUGCACAGUUUAUGUACGAGUACGCUGGCAGAAUCUUUACGUGAUGAUUUAUUUAUAGUUUUACAAAAGCAACUUUCUGCUAUAAAACCACUAAUAAAAUGCAAAGGAGUUCUUGGAGCUGUCAUGGCAAUAAAACAUUUGGCAUGUAAACCAGACACUCAUACAUCUGCUCGUAAUUUAUUCAAAAAAGUUCUUACUGCAGUGAAAUCAUGUCCACGUUCACAAGCAUUAUUUUACGAUCAACUGGCACAAGUUAUUUCACAAACCAAAAAUAUCCAUGAAGAAUUUCUUCGAUGCGUGACUAUUUAUAUACAAGAUGAAUUAAUCAACACAUACAUGGUUAAUAAAUUGGAUUAUAACGGGGAACUUAUACCUAAAUUUGGUUUAAAUAAUGUAGAAGAUGAGCCACAGAACUUGGUUUUAAAUUUUAGUAGUAGAAAGUAUGGAGCUAUUGUGCCUAUUACAUUUAGAUUAUUAAAAACUUGUUGUAUGAAACUUAGUGAAAAUGGAGAUUUGGAAGAUAUAGAUUCUUUAUUAGGAUGUUCCAUUUUAAUGCCAGAAAAUUUUGAUAUACCAGAGCCUUUUAUAAUAGAUCUUGUAGUAUCCUGUAUUAAUUGGUUUAGAGAAGUUAUUAGUGGCUUUGUAACCCAAUCACAAUCUUUAUUACAAAAACAAGUAUUAACACGAUUAAACGAUUUAAUGCUUUUACAAGGAGAGUUAAGUACAAUGUUAUCUCUAUGUGAUCCAAAAUAUCAACCAUCACCAUGCUAUUUUCAUUAUUUCCCACCUCCACCUUUUUUGAAAGUUGAAAAAACUAUAAGAAAGAAAGGAAAAAAGAAAUCCUUAGAAAAAAGUGUAAAUACAUGUAGUCAAGAAAGUUGGGAAAUCGGUUCUAUAUUGUGCUCUAAAAAUCCAGCAUAUUUUAGAAAACUCGAUGCAAAAAUAAUACAUUUGUUAGAUUUUAAAUUAGAUUUAAAUGCAUCACCAACAACACAAAGUAUUUCAAUAUCCCAAGUAUGUUUUAUUGUUAAAGAACUUCUGGGAAUGUUUGAAAAUGAUCUUAAUGAAACAUUUUUGAAAGAUAUUAUAUAUUUAUUGCCAAAGAUAUGUGGAAAAUUACAAGAGAUUGUUAUCGAACUGAGAGAAGAAGAUGCUGAUGAAAAAAGAGAAGGGGCAAGAUUGAUAUUAUGCCUUUUAGCAACAGUUUUUAAUUGGAAAGAAUUUCACAGUGCUAUUUAUAACCCAAUGCUUCGUGAGGGAUUACGAAUAUUAGCAAGUCAACAAAAUGACACAAAUGCAAUGCUUAGAUCUUGCAAAGAACUUGUUACUGAGUCAUGUAAAUAUAUUGAAUCUUUAUCUGAUAUAGCCACACGAAUAUCGAUCAGCGUUGCUCUUAUUACAAUGUAUCAGUCAGUAAUGAAACAUUCAGAAAGUUAUAUGCAGCAGCAUAAAGAUAAAAAUGCAAAAAUGGCAUUGGGUUUUUUAUCUUUGGACUGGUCUAAAGAUAAACAAGCAGGUACUUCAUAUAAAGUUGCUGUUAAUACUCUUAUAAAAAGUUGGAUUGAUUAUGAAUUAUCACCUCUUGAUACAAUAACUAUGUUAUUGGAAUGGCUACCAAGUGAAGUUAUAAAAUUGGAAAAGUCUCACAAUUACUUAGAUAGAUUACCAUCAAUAAAUAGAAAUAAUUUCCACUUGCUAUAUAAAAAGAUAUUUGAUGGUAUGAUUAAAGGUGUAAAAAUAUCUUUAUCAGCAGCUAAUAGAGAUCCUAAAAGAGUAGAAAUAUGGUUAAAUGUUGCAACAAAUGUUCAAAAAAUGGUUCACAUAUGUAAAACAUUGAAUACAAAAACUAAUAUACUUAUCUUCUUACGAUGUAUGCCUACACUUUUACGAUUGUUCUUAAAUUCUGGUAUACCAAUUUUAGAACAUAAUUUAAAAUAUCAAUCAGAAGAUAUAACUAAAUUAGUAAAAUUAAUGCAAGUCGGUACAAGAUAUUUACAUGCGGUAUGUUGCGAUGGGAUGGAGAAAAAAGACAUGAUCUUAACAAAACAUAUACCUGCAGCUAAAUCUGUACUUGAAAGAUUAGUCUAUAGCGUCAAAGGAAUGCUUGUACUCAACAACAGUUCUACUGCAUUUUGGAUGGGAAAUCUUUUAAACAAAAAUUUAGAGGGUCAAGAAAUACUUUCGCAGACAUCAUCUGAAGAAACAUCAUUACCAAGUAUUGAUACAAUUACACAUGAAGCAUCAAAUAUAUCAUCAGAGAUAUUAGAUAGUGAUUCAAAUGAGGAAGAGAAGUCUAUGGAAAAUAUGGAAGAUGAUGAAGAGUUAUAAGUGUCACAUUUUAUAAAAAUGUGACUGAUUAUUAAAGUGAAUUCCUCUAAUUAGUAAUUAAAGUACUGUUAAAUGAUUGCCGCUUCCAUGAAAAAUCCGGCAUAAGAGUUUCUUCUACAAAGGUCAUU